UGGAGGCGUCGGUGUGUCACAGUUUAUUGCUUUGUUGUCGAUCGACACGUCACCGCGUGUCGUAUAUUGUGUCAAUAGAAGCCGUUUCGUUCGUGCCGGUUACGUUUCCGUCUCGUGUUUGACAAGGACUUUUCAAGGAAACAGUUCGCUGAUUUAGAAUCAGAUUCGUCUAAACCAUCAUGGGAGUAUCAGAGCCUGGUUCCUCCAGCACUCCUGACCUGCCUCCCAUGGACUCCGAGCGUCCCGGGUCUGGCAGCGGGAUCGACGACGAAGACAUCCCUCGGAGGAAGCAGAGGAGGUACCGGACCACCUUCACGAGCUACCAGCUGGAUGAACUGGAGAAGGCUUUUGGGAGGACGCAUUACCCUGACGUGUUUACCAGAGAAGAGCUUGCCUUGAAAAUUGGACUCACCGAAGCUAGGAUUCAGGUGUGGUUCCAAAACCGCCGAGCCAAAUGGCGCAAGCAGGAAAAGGUGGGGCCUCACGCACACCCGUACAGCGGGUAUCUGAGCGGACAGCCGUUGCCGACGUCCGCCUCGCUGCCAGUGCCGCCACACCCUUUGUCGCAACUCGGCUUUGGGCUGAGGAAGCCUUUUGACAACGCUUUGACUUCCUUCAGGUACGCAAACAACCCACUAUUUGGAGCUCAGUACCUGCCUCCGCUAUCGCGUCCGCCUCUGUUCGGCGCGCCGCUCUACGCUACCUCUCCCGCCCACUUCCACUCACUCUUCGCCAACCUAACAGCACCUGAGCCACCUCGGCUCUCCCCCGAGCAGUCCACGAUGUCUCCCGAGCAUCCCCGAUUGUCGCCCGAGCACCCGCGACUGUCGCCCGAAGUGACCCGAUCGCCGUCGCUCUCACCACCUAUCUCACCUGGCAGCGAGAUGCCAGUGCCGACGGAAGAUGUUCGGAGUUCUAGCAUAGCGGCUCUACGAUUGGCUGCGCGGGAGCACGAGUUGAGACUAGAACUCCUAAGACAAAGGCCUGACUUAAUUUGCUAAGUACUACGUAGACAAUAUUCCGUGAAAUUGCUGUGUUAGUGACAAUUAUUAUUCUUGAUAAAUCACUUCAUAAUAUAACAAAUAUUUAACCGUUUUUUCUCCUAUUAAUGCAGCGUCAUAUGAAUUCAAGCGUGUCUUAACUAAUAUCAGUGUUCUGUUAUUUGUCAAUUAUCCAUAAUUCCCAAUAAAUCAGUUUCCAUUUU